AUGAACGCAUCGGCACCGGCAUCGGCAUCACCAGCGCCAGCCUCAGCACCAGUACGAGCAUCUUCGACGAGGUCAGCAGCAGUAGCGGCACGGGGAGGAGAACGACAAGCAUCGUACCAGCAGGAAACAGGAGGAAGCGGUCGGCGUGCAUCUUCUUCUGUCCAUCUUCACGAUGGAGCGGGUGCGGGAGGUAUGCUGAAGGAGCGUAGCCUCGGGAUGCACUACAUCUUACUGGAAAGGCUGAUCAACACGAGCCACGCUCGGCAGAUUAGCCAAAGGAGCGUGAAGCUCCUUCAACAAUCGAUCCAGUCCCAGGACUUCAUGGAGCAUGGAGAACCAGCCGCUUUCUGUGAUAUUCAAAGGGGUUCAUCAAGCGCCUUUCACACAAGAGGAUGCCGACAAAGCCGGGCCCGCCAGCGUCUUGGACGGGAACCAUCGUUUGUAGCCCCCAAGGCCGUCAUGCCUGGUGAUUUUCUGGUCCCGUGCCAAUGCUACUCGGACAUCAAGGACGCAAACGUGAAGAGGAUAGUGGCAGAUGCGUGCAAUGAUGCCACCUCGACGUUCGCCGAACGCACUAUCUACGAUCGGCUGUACUUCUUCAGCUCCCUCUACAAGGGAGCACAGGCUUCGCUGGAAACGUCACGGUCCCGUAGUAGGCAAGUGAACCCCAAGGACAUCAAGGAACUCUACGCGAAGGCAAAGCAGGCGGUCCCCAGCGACUCCACGCUUCGCAGCUGGCUGAAGGCCGUGAGGGGCAUCAAAGAGGAAGCACUCACCGCCCUAGAGGACCUGGUCGAGUCCGAAGAUAAGUCCGUCGACCUCAACCUCGUCACCCUAGCUUACAUCAGCAAGGUUGACUUCAUGGCGCUUUCAGCUGAGGAGCAGGGCUUCAAUCUACAGAUCCUGGCCAGGUGGAAGAAGUUCCAACAAGGAAGAGCAUUCAAGGCGGACGUCGACACCCCCCCGAUCAUUGCGCAGGCUAAGGACGUGGCACAAUGGUACUUCGCCCUUUGUGGCAUCGUGCCUUACCAGGAUUGGUCGCAGGAGCUUAAAAGGCAGAUUCUGGAGUCCGACGCCUCUCUACGGCCAUCGUACGAGGAUUUUAUGAAGAGGCUCAAGGAGGCGAAGAAUGCGGUUACGAGGAAGAAGCUGCAGCUGGCGAAACCCAUGAAACGCCCUUCCGAGCGCAAGAGGAAAGGGAAGUCGUGGGGGGGAGCAGGGAGAGGGAGUAGAGGGGCGAAAGGACGGAGACGAACUGCAAGGAAGAGCAAAACCCAAGGGGGGGGGGAGGAAGACGAGGAGGAGGAGGAGGAGGCACCGUCGUUGAUGAUAACGUAAAAUCUUUGUAGAGAGCCAUGUAGGUAAAUUGUAGGUAAGGUGAAUUAUUCGGGGUGCGUGUACAUCACGUUGUAAGUAGUGGGCAUGAAGACUCAACAAAAACAGACGGACUGGCCAGUAUGGACUGGGCGUUUUGCUGUCAACGCGUUGCUUCUGAAAGCUUCGUCAGCAACGGUUCGAGGAGGUAUGUAUGCUCGUAGCUGGAUAAACUGACUGCCGUUCUUUGCUCUGUGUAAGUAUUUGUUAACAGCGAGCGGUGUACGUAGGGUGUAGCGAUAGAACUCGACAUGUAUAUUUUCUUUCGUCGAUGUCGGCUGAUUCUAAGGAAGGUAACACUGCAUUUCGGUGGUGUGAUGGUAGGCCUCCUCCCGUUUUGCGUGCGGGAGUUUAACUCUGACAAUUUUCUUCCGUGCAUGACUGAGAAGAGGCAGCAAAACUGGGUGGUCAGGGAUGGCAGUAAGUAUUGUACAUUGAUUGGUAUUUUUGUGUAGUGUUGUGUAUCUUCCCAUGUAUUUAUUAUUGUGGGAGACAGUAUACACCAACCGGGUCGCUCCCGAGGAGAGACGUAGACACUGGACUUUUGUUUUUCUUCUCGAACGGUCACCCGGCGGUUUGCCUGGAUGUUGCCUGGUUGCUAACUGUAGUUUUAAGUGAAGCAGGAGAGAAAGAAGGAUUCAAUCAGCAGAUAGUUCGCUCUGUUUCGUCCAAUGCCUUUUUUCCUUGGGUCUUCGAAAGCGCAGCAACCAGCAGUCGACCUGGGAUUUUCAAGCACUGUUUUCGAUUUCACGGGUGUACAUCAACACCCAAUUACAACUUCCAGGUCAGCAAGGAGUCCUCUCGCACCACCACGCCUACCGUAAAGGUAUGCAAAAAACGAAGUAGAUCAAAUUAACUGUCCUCCAUGCUGGCGUAUCAUUUCACGAGGUUUCGAGCAAUCACCCGCCACGAAGAAGCUGUCAGUACCUCGAACUUCCAGCUUACACACCGCUAAACCUAGCAGCCGACAUACGUCGACGAAUAAGCCAUGUCAGCACGUACACCGACUCUAUUGAAGGCAGUUUGGCAACGAACGUUUGCCCUCUUACUUGCUGUAAAAAAAAAAAAGGAAGCAUACAGUAGACUAUACACACGUGAAACGAAAGAAAGCAGCACCUACUUUCCGGCCUUCAGUUUUGGUGUUUCCCUCUUCCCAGAUAUACUCCUAGCAGCCUGAAACGGCGGUUGAGUUGUAAGUCAUCCUCCCCAUUAACAAGUGUAUACAUGCUUCAAAGGAGAAGGGCAGCAUACGCACCUAAUAUAAACAAUAAUACGCAGCAAUGACGGCCCCCAUUCUUAUGCAUGCAUCUACGUCCUGCCAAGCAGCAGCCUGAAACGACGGUUGGCUCAUCCUCCCCACCAACUGUAUU